AUGGCGGCGGAGAUCCAGCCCAAAGCGCUGACCCGCAAGCCCAUCCUGCUGCAGCGGGUCGAGGGGUCCCAGGAGGUGGUGAAUAUGGCCGUGAUCGUGCCCAAGGAGGAGGGCGUCAUCAGUGUCUCAGAGGACAGGACAGUUCGUGUUUGGUUAAAGAGAGACAGCGGACAAUAUUGGCCAAGCAUAUACCAUGCAAUGCCUUCUCCAUGUUCAUGCAUGUCUUUUAACCCGGAAACAAGAAGACUGUCCAUAGGUCUAGACAAUGGUACAAUCUCAGAAUUUAUUUUGUCUGAAGAUUAUAAUAAGAUGACGCCUGUGAAGAACUAUCAAGCGCACCAGAGCAGAGUGACGAUGAUCCUGUUUGUCCUGGAGCUGGAGUGGGUGCUGAGCACAGGACAGGACAAGCAGUUUGCCUGGCACUGCUCUGAGAGCGGGCAGCGCCUGGGAGGUUAUCGCACCAGCGCCGUGGCCUCGGGUCUGCAAUUUGAUGUUGAAACCCGGCACGUGUUUAUUGGUGAUCACUCAGGCCAAGUAACCAUCCUCAAACUGGAGCAAGAAAACUGCACGUUGGUCACAACCUUCAGAGGACACACAGGAGGGGUGACGGCACUCUGUUGGGACCCAGUCCAGAGGGUGCUGUUCUCCGGCAGCUCAGACCACUCUGUCAUCAUGUGGGACAUUGGCGGAAGAAAAGGAACGGCCAUCGAGCUUCAAGGACACAACGACAAAGUCCAAGCCCUCUCCUACGCGCAGCACACGCGCCAGCUCAUCUCGUGUGGUGGGGACGGCGGCAUCGUCAUCUGGAACAUGGAUGUGGAGAGGCAGGAGACCCCGGAGUGGUUGGACAGUGAUUCCUGCCAAAAGUGUGAUCAGCCUUUCUUCUGGAACUUCAAGCAAAUGUGGGACAGCAAGAAAAUUGGCCUGAGACAGCACCACUGCCGGAAGUGUGGGAAGGCCGUCUGCGGCAAGUGCAGCUCCAAGCGCUCCUCCAUCCCGCUGAUGGGCUUCGAGUUCGAAGUGAGGGUCUGUGACAGCUGCCACGAGGCCAUCACAGAUGAAGAACGAGCGCCUACAGCCACCUUCCACGACAGUAAGCACAACAUCGUGCAUGUGCAUUUUGAUGCAACCAGGGGGUGGUUGUUGACCUCUGGAACUGACAAAGUGAUUAAGUUGUGGGACAUGACCCCAGUAGUGUCAUGACGCCACUCCCAGGAGUCAGAAAGAUCCAUCUCACUAACGCUGCUCGAGUUUGAACCCUUACUGGAGAAGUUCCGCAGACUGGAGAGCUGGAGGAGAAACCCAAGCCUUGAGGUGAACCUGCGUCUUCCCGAGCAGUCCCCGGUGAGCCGGUAGAAGAGCACCCGCAAGGACUCUUAACCUGUCCUGACAACAUAAGAGAAGAUAUUUUUUUAUCAAAUGGUUUAUAUAGUCUGGCUAUGCGAUGUCGUUUUGAGUAUGCUAAAAAAAUACUAGUCUGUGUGGGAUGUUUGAUUUUCUAUUUUUCAGCCUUCCAUUGUUCUUGUUUUGCGUGUCAGAAGAGUGAGAGAAAGACCCGCUCAGGGUAUUUUGAUCAUUCUCAGUGGUCCCCUCCAUGCUGGCUUCACUCCAUGGGGCCAGCAUCGUUUUCUGCUCUUCAGCCUUCAUCUGCCGUACCGCCCGCUUCGCAGCAGAGAAUCCACCAUCACCCCAUUUAUUCCCAGUGUUUCUGAUUUCAUGGCCUCAGUGGAGGGAGUUGGAAAACCAUUUGUUUGUUGCUGAAUUCUUGAAUCGUGAGAGGAAUGAUCCAAUUGUAUUGUCCAACGCAUACAUGUUCUUCCUGAGUAGAAAGUUACUGCGUUCCUGCCUCAGUUUUCUGUCUUCCCACGUUAGAAAAUGUGAGAAAUGGUUUCUACCAUCUCCAGCCUACACAUAGGUGAUGUAACUCAGAGCUUCGACCAUCAGUGCCUGGAUCUUCUAGAAUUCACUUGGGGUUGCCCAAGCCUUUUAGGUUUUAGAUUUGGCGGGGGGGGGGGGACAGUCUGGUUGGUUGUUUGGCUGGUUUUUGCAUAGCUCUCUUACAUAAAGAACAAAGGAAAGCUUCCCAAAAUGUCUUUAAAGAUGUUUCUUCCCAUGUGUGCUUCUCGGGACUUGAACAUUUAUUACUUUAAGAUGACAGUCUGUAGUUUCUCGCCCUCAAAAAACCAGGUAUUUAAACAUCUCUAUCUUAAUGUCUACAUCAGAACUUUUUGCACAGUUCUGUGUUCAGCCAGCAUGUGAUCUGAGACACAAAGGUACUAAAUCCUGCAGUUCAUGCUGUGUUUCUGUGGGGAACCUCAAAGAGUGUUUUAGAGAACAAGCCUGAAGAAUUCUUCCUUCUGAGGAACUCUAAUCAAGCUUGAUGAGAUGAAAAUAAGUGACUCCUCAGGAUAUUGAAGACCUUUUUUAAAAAUCUUCUUUUCGGGCUGCAGAGAUGGCUUAGCAGUUAAGCCAUUUGCCUGCAAAGCCAUAGGACCCAGGUUCAAUUCCCCAGGACCCACAUAAGCCAGAUGCACAAGG